UAUGCUGUGGCUUGGUGGAGUGUGCAACAGAUGGCUGCUGUCUAUUUGCAUGCGGUGCCUUUGCACAGAGGAUCCAUUCACCACUGGUAGCCACUGCCGUGUGUGGGCACAAGCAGCUGCUCGGCAAAAAAGCUGAGAGCAGAUUGUUGUGGGGUGGGAAGCGAAGAAUGCGAAGAACUAUGCUCAGCAUCGUAACUCUGGAGAUCCGAUGAGCAUUCUUCAAUAGAUGGACAAGAAGAGCAGCCCUAGAGGAAGACCUCCCUCCAUUGCACACCGGGGAAGAGGACAUAGAAAGUGGAAUACUCCUGAGGUUGCCCGUGAGUGUCCGUGUCAGGUGCAUUGAGAGCAGGCAGCAGAAAUAAAAAGCCGCCAAGAUUCUGUGCUGCAAGGAAACAGCUGCCAUGUCAGUGGCGAGGGAAGGUGGAACAGGAGAAAGCUUCUGGGAGCCGGGCCACUACAGCAGGACGGUGAAGCGGAUCGACGAUGGCAACCGUCUCUGCAACGAGGUGCUCAGCUGCUUCCAGGAGAGAGCCAGGAUUGAGAAGCAAUACGCCCAGCAGCUGACUAACUGGUCCAAGAAAUGGAAGACCAUGGUGGAGAAAGGUGCACAGUACGGUACGCUGGAGAAGGCGUGGCAUGCCUUCAUGCUGGCUGCUGACAAGCUGAGUGAGCUCCACCUGGAAAUGCAGCGGCACUUGGCUGGUGCAGACAGUGCCAAGGUUAAGCACUGGCAGAAGGAGGCGUUCCACAAGCAGUUGGUCGGCGGAUUCAAGGAGACCAGGGAGACAGAGGAUGAGUUCUGCAAGGCGCAGAAGCCCUGGGUCAAAAAGCUGAAGGAGGUGGAAGUGGCCAAGCGGAGUUUCCACGGCGCCUGCAAGGAGGAGCGCGCUGCACAGGUCCGUGAGCACAACAGCCGAGCUGACCAGGCCAUGGCCCCAGACCAGCUCCGCAAGCUGCAGGAGCGUGUGGAGAGGAGCUCGCAGGAGAUGGAGAAGGGUCGUGAACGCUAUGAGAAAUCUCUGGAGGACCUGAACAAAUACAACCCAAAGUACAUGGAAGACAUGGAGCAGGUGUUUGACACCUGCCAGGACAGCGAGAGGAAGCGGCUGCAAUUCUUCAAGGAGGUCCUGCUCGACUUCCACGCGCACCUGGACCUUUCCAGCGUGGACAGCUUCCGCACCAUCUAUCGGGACCUGCACAAAGCCAUAGUCGCAGCCAACGAGCAGGAGGACUUGCGGUGGUGGCACAACACUCACGGCCCCGGCAUGCCCAUGAGCUGGCCGCAGCUUGAGGAGUGGUUUCCUGAGGCAAACCGAGCGAUCCACCGCAAGGAGAAGUGUGGUCAAGUCACAGAGGAAGUGACGCUCACAAACAUCUUGCCGUCCAGUGGCUCCAUGUCCCGCUCCUCUCCUCCACAGGACAGGUGUAACAUGGAGGGGAAGACAGUCUCAGACACAACUUUACCUGACGGCCAUCGGCAACUCGGAGUUAAAGAUUACUCAUCGGAUUGGUCGGAUGAGGACAGCCCGAGGAAGUCUGUGUCGGGACCGGACGAGGCAGUGAAGGUAGCGGCUGUCAGAGUGCGGGCACUGUAUGAUUACCUGGGGCAGGAGGCUGAUGAGCUGAGCUUUUCUGCAGGUGAAGAGUUCCUGAAGAUCGGAGAAGAGGACGAACAAGGCUGGUGCAAGGGCCAACUCGGCAGCGGACAAGCAGGACUGUACCCGGCCAACUACGCAGUGCUGGCCCAUUCCUGAUCCGUGCCUCCUGCAGCCUCUCCCUCUCCCACUCUUUGCUGACGUUUCUUCUUCCUUCUCCCACUUUUAUCCCUCGAGUGAAGGAUUGCGGACACUUGUGUUUAUUAAUCUCCGGCCUGGAUGGCACCUCGUGAUCCCUCAUGUUUAGUUUUGUUUAUCUAACCAGGUGCCUGAGCCAGCUGUACCGAGCCUCGAGAAUGAUCGAUGGAUUGUUCAGGUAGCAGACCCUUGACUUGUGAGAUUGUCCCUUCCUUAAUAAUAGCAGGAGAUGCUCGGCAGAUCAGGCAUGCUCGGUAGAUCAGGCAGCAUCUAUGAAGAGAGGAAUACAGUUGACGUUUUCGGCCCGUGACCUGAGUUUUGAGCAAACAUACUGACGUUUCUCUCUCCACAGAUGCUGGGUGGUCUGAGACACUUCCCAGCUGUAGGCUCUGGAUGGUUUAGAUGGGUUCUGGAUCUGGAUGUCUAUUUAAGUUGUAUCCUGUACCUCAUCCUUUUACUAGAAAAUGAAGGGCAGUUUGAGCACAGUGAAUGCUGGAAUAGGUGCAGUGACGAUGUUCUGAAUGAAAGAUGAUGUAAUUCUCAACCAAGCCAGAAAGGACGAUGUUCUAGUUGAUCUCCAGUGUACCUGACAAGAGAAAAUAAACAUGAGCGAUCACC